AUGCGCUUAAGACAGGCCUUCAUAUGUGCUCAAUGCACUGUGCGGCUUAAUCGCCGGCCUCUUCUACGGUAUCAGAGCUGUGUAUCUCAAUUCACAUCCAAACGCUCGAACAGUCAUGUCGCCCAAACCGAUCGACCCGUCCGUGUGGCCAUUGUGGGGUCCGGCCCAGCGGGUUUCUAUGCUGCCUACCGUCUUUUGGCUAAACAGAAAGAUGCGUUAGUUGAUAUGUAUGAGAAGCUACCUGUGCCAUUCGGCUUGGCUAGGUAUGGUGUUGCCCCGGACCAUCCCGAGGUCAAGAAUUGCGAAGAUAAAUUCACAGAGGUGGCCGAGUCCACGCGCUUCAAUUUUGUCGGUAAUGUCGACCUCGGACAUGAUCUGCCGCUCGCUGCCCUCAAACCACACUAUGAUGCCAUCAUAUUCGCCUAUGGUGCCACAAAAGAUAAGGAGCUGGGGAUUCCUGGAGAACAAGCUCUGCAUAGCGUGCACUCAGCCCGUGCCUUUGUGGGGUGGUACAAUGGUCUUCCAGAGCACAGAGACCUCGAUCCGGACCUAAGCGGAGAGAACGCCGUUAUUGUCGGACAAGGCAACGUUGCACUAGACGUUGCCCGGAUUCUUCUUUCAGACGUCGAUACUCUCCAAAAGACAGAUAUAGCAGAUUAUGCUGUGGAAAAACUCUCCACGAGUCGCAUUAAGCGAGUGCGAGUUGUUGGGCGCCGUGGACCCCUACAGGCUUCCUUCACCAUCAAGGAGCUUCGUGAAAUGCUACAGCUUCCAGGUGUAUCAUUCGAUCCCAUUCCAAAGGAUAUAUUUCCACCGGAAGAAGUAGUAUCGGCACUGCCCCGGGCGCAGAAGCGUCUAAUGCAGCUCUUAGCUAAAGGAUCAGCCAAUGACCCUCUGACAGCCCCAAAGUCUUGGUCUUUGGAUUUCUUACUUGCACCCGAUUCUCUUCACUGGUCGCCUGAUUAUCCAUACCAUCUAUCUCAUGUAAAAUUCUCUCGCAACGAACUCGACCCAUCCGACCCCCACAGCCCCAGCUCCAAGGUUUCUCCAAAGCACUUAUCGAGUGGAAAGCGUGCACAGGUCAACCUACCAGCUAGCGUCUUCUUCCGCAGCGUGGGCUACAAAUCCCCUCCCCUUCCAGGACUAGAAGAUCUUGGUAUCGACUUCGAUACGCGGCGCGGUAUCAUUCCUAAUGAUGGAUUUGGCCGCGUAACAAGCCUGUCGAACAGGGGCGAGCCUCAAAGUUUACCUGACGGAUCUCUUAUCUCCCUCCUACCCGGCCUGUACUGUGCUGGCUGGGUGAAGCGAGGUCCAACGGGUGUAAUUGCCUCGACAAUGACCGAUGCAUUCACGACUGCAGACACCAUUGUGCAGGAUCUGGGAAAACGUGCUGAUUCAACAUCCUUGCUCCAUGCACCCGAUCACAGUAGCGGUCUGGGCUGGGACGGAGUGAAAAUUGAGGCCGAGCGCCGUGGUCUACGCCCUACCUCGUGGAAAGAUUGGCAGCGAAUCGAUGCAGCAGAGCGAGAGAGCGGCCAACUAAAGGGCAAGCCUCGGGAUAAGCUUGGGCGUGUAGAAGAAAUGUUGAAGGUGCUUGAUUGA